CAGGGGACUUUGAGCCCGGCCCCGGCAGCAGCGGGCCAGGCGCUGAGGUGAGCGGAGCUCGGGGGCUGCGAGCGGGCGAUUCCCGCAGGACGCGGCCCCUCCAUCCGCACGGGCCGGAGGUGCCCCAGGGCCCGGGCAGGGCUGGGCCCCGCGGGCAGCCCCGGGCAGCCGCGUCCCGGCAGCGGAGCGGCCCCGAGCCGGCUCCGGCCGAGCGGGGCCGCCGCUCCGGCAGCCGCUGCCCUCGGCGCCGCCGCUGACACCCUCCGUGCCUGCGCUGCCGGCAGCUGCCCCUGCACAGCCCUCGCCUCCCCGCUGCGCUCUGCCCUGCGCUCAGCCAGCCCGGCGGAGCCCGCACGGCCCCACCCAGCCACCCCGAGAUGGGACAGGACAAUUGCAAACCCGAACCCGGCGACCUGAUCGAGAUAUUCCGGCCACUGUGCCAGCACUGGGCGCUCUACCUCGGGGAUGGAUAUGUCAUCCACAUCACAGAUGAAGGAACCUCAUCCACUUGGCUUUUCACCUCUUCAGUACACGCCACAAGAGCCAAGGUGAGGAAGCAGCUCCUGGAGAGGGUGGUGGGAAAUGAUAAAUGGCGUGUCAACAACAAGUAUGACCGCUCCCGCACUCCUUUCCCUGUGGAGGAGAUCAUCCGGCGUGCUGAGCUAUGCAUUGGUGAGGAGGUGCCAUAUAAUCUGAUUGCCAGCAACUGUGAGCACUUUGUGACAGAGCUCCGAUAUGGAGUAGGAGUCUCUGGGCAGGUCCAAAAUGCAGCUGCUGGCAGUGCUGCAGCAGCUGUGGGAAGUAUCAUUCUUGGUGUUGCUGCUGUUGUUGGGAUGGCAUUGUCCGAGAGCGCAUCCAGGCGAUAGUGCUACUGAUGGGCUGCCAGGAAGGCUCAGAGCAAGGCAGGCAGGGUCCCUGGCCACAGCAGCCACUGGGCAGCUUUUGCUACACGUGCCAUGAAGGCUUCCUUGAACAGUGCCACCCUUACUGUAAACAUUAAACAAUCCUUAAUAAAAUAUCUGCAUCACAAACUCAUAUUGCCCUAAAUUUCUCUUUUAUCUGAAUAUUGUUUUGUGUGCAAGUUCAGCAGUCCAGCCUUGCUCCUCCCUGAUAUCCCAUUGUGACAAAAAAGUCAGUGAUUUACAGGAAUGCUCUAAUUUUGCAUGAUGGUGUUUUGCUCAGUUUUUCCCAGCCCACAAAGUGUAUUUUUCCCUGGCUCUUCUGGCUUUCUUUGGGAGCAGCAGACCUCCAAAUGUGGGUAGGUCUGACAGGAAAACCCACUGGGGUCUUCCUCACUCAGCUGUUUGUUCCACUGUGCUAGGGAAGUUUUCUCCAACCCCCCUGUAAGUGCAGUGAUUGCUGGCAUUGGACCUGAACAAGCAUGCCAGGUGAUUUUUUGCUCCCUUGCAACCCAACUCAUUCUAGGAUUCUGCUUUGCAGCUGCCAAAAAAAACACUGAGGCUUAAAGAAUUGCAAGGGGAACAACAGGACUUUG